AAUCCGGACUACAAAGUGAUUAAAUGUAAUUUCUGUGAGAAAGAGUUCCGGUCGAAGACAUUGAACGCAUUCCAGUCGCGCCUCCAUAUCGUCGAGUCGUGCGAUAAGUGUCCGCAAGAGAUCCGCGAUCUCGAGAACAUAUGGCGCCAAAAGUCCAAAGUAGACAUUUGGCGACACUUUUCAGUGACCAACACCGGACCCACCGGUUUCACGGCCUCGUGUUUGUAUUGCGGUCACCGCUAUUCACACAAAAAUGCCACAAAAGGCCGCAAACACAUUGUCUUCCUCUGCAAACAAAUACCAGCGAACAUUAGAGAGCAGAUCCGCGGCGAAUGCACUCAAUAUUAUCUCAUGAAUUGCCAGACGUCGGACUCUAAGGUCAAUAUGUUUACAAAGAAUGAGCCCAAAGAGGCAUCCAAUUUGCCGCUAUUGUGGCCACCAAUACAUGCAGAGGAAUGCCUUGAGCCCAAAGAGGUGACUGCCGUCAAACCAACGUCCAAACGCAACGUUUGGAUUCAUUUUGAUAUGACCGACAAAAGGCAUCCAAUUUGCCGCUAUUGUGGCCACCAAUACAUGCAGAGGAAUGCCACUAAAUGUCGCCGACAUUUGAUCGCCAACUGCACCGGUAUUUCAGUGGAAACGAAAAACGCGAUUUUUGACGAGUUUUAUGACAAACCUAUCGAUAAUCAAAAGACAGAGGAAGAAGAAGACAAGGAAGACGUUGAAGAAGAUGAAGAAAAAGUAGAGGAUAUGGCUAUUGAUCCGGAAGAUAGUUUAUUGGGCGCUGACGUUGAAGUGGUUGCGUCGCCGUCGGUUCCCGCUGUCACUCAAACGGGAUUCGUUCGGCACAAGUCUCGCAUAAAUAUUUGGCAACAUUUUGAUUUGACGGUCAGUUCGCGACCCAUAUGUCUGUACUGUCGUCACCAAUAUCUGCAGCGAAACGCCACCAAAUCUCGCAAACAUUUGGUCUUCAGCUGCACUGGUAUUCCCGAAGACAUCAAACAAGAGAUCAGAAGUCAGUGCGACGAGAGAUUCCUGCGACUCUACGCGGGAGUCAAACACAUGACGGCCGCCAGCGAUGACAGUCUGGCCGACGAUUAUGUGUUCACCGGUGGACUCAUUUUGCCGACGAAAAUA